CCGCGUCGCCCACCAGAGAAAAUCAUACGUUACACAGAACAAGAACAUUUCCCAAACUAUAUUUGCUUGUUUUCACUCGCGAGUUAGAAACCACCGACAUUUUAUUGCCGUCAAAAUUCUCCACAAACUCAGGACGACUCGUGUGUCAGUCUUUACAGACGUUCACGCCCACUUCACUUCAUAUGUUAUUGUUAUGAUUAUUAAUAUUGUUAUUAUUGUUAUUAUUAUUAUCAUUAUCAUUAUCAUUACAUAUCAUUACUGAGUGAACGUCUGCAGGGCCGAGGAUUUCUCAGUGUUUCCAUGACGAUGACAAAAAACAAGAAAUGAGUAAAGUUGGUCAGUGGCCAUUUUAUUAGGAACAGGAGACACCUGAUAAAUCUGAGCGCUUUCUAUCACGUUAAACUCAUCAGGUCAUUGACCUCUGACCUCUGACCUGGUUGACAGUUGUGUGUGUGUCACAGAAAUCACGUUCUUCUCCGUCCUGGUUCUCGGUUUUUGACCUCGGCGAGUCGUGUCCAUUUGGACAGGUGUACCUAAUAAAGUGAGUGUGUAAGAUAAUGGCGGCCAUUUUGACAGAAUCACAGGUGUAAAAGAGCUUUUAUAAUUUAAUAAAACUCAUUUUUUCUUAGUUUCCUUUAAAAGUUUAUUCAGACUGAAAGAAAAUAGAUGACAUUUAAAAAUAAGGUAAUUAGCUGUUUUCACUCUAGUUACAUACACACAUGAGUUACACACUCAAACUCAUGUUUUAAGUAAAAUGUUAGCUUCAAAAACCUCCCAUUAUAAAGUGUAGAUGACGUCAGCAGGGAAACGGAGCUGCGCAUGCGCAGUGUUUAGUUUCGUUUUCAGUGAAGCGGUGCAGUGACGCAGGAGACUGAGAAUGAAGUUAAAGUUGAGUGUGACACAGACAGACGUUCGUCCUCAUGUUCGUGUUGAGAGACUUUCUUCGCCGUGACGGAUCUCAUGCUGGAUUAACGAUGAGAGGCCUCAGAAACUACCGCCUGUCCUGCUGUGUGAACACGUUACUGCAGACGCUCUCUGCCACCUGGGAGCUGUCAGACCUGCUGCAGCAGUGGAACACAGCUGGCGUCAGGUCAGCGAGUCUGAAUGUUCCUCUGCAGCUGAAGACGCUUCUGCUCGCCAUGGCGAGCGACGUUCCUCAGCAGGUUUCUCAUCGAGACUUCCUCCACUGUCUGGACAGGAACGCCGUGUCACUGAACGUGCAGCACGACGCAGAUGAAGUGUUCCUCUCCAUCCUGAACUCCAUGUAUCAGCAGAUGGACGACAGAGAGCUGGCUCUUGAAAUCCAGGAUCUGUAUAAAGUGUCUGUGGAGACACACCUGCAGUGCCUGGAGUGCACGUCCGUGCAGACGCGCAGCAGCUACCUGCUCAGUUUGCCUCUGCGUGUGAAGGAAGAUCACAACCGUCUGGAAGAUUGUAUUUCCUCCUUCUUGGAGGUUCAUGAGCUGCGGGACAUAAACUCCUGCUUCUGUGCGCGCUGUGAAACCAAGACUCCGUCUAAACAGUGCGUCAAACUUCUCUCCCUGCCUCGUAUCGUGUGCAUGCACCUGAAACGCUUCAGAAAUCGCCAUGGUUACGCCCGAAAACUCAACUGCCUGGUAACUUUUCCAGAGACCCUUGACUUCUGUGAGAUGGCUAAAGACGGGUUCUCCGCAGACUUUGCUCAGAGUGAGUGCACAUACACUCUGUAUGCAGUCGUCGUGCACUGUGGAGAUGCCACGUUUGGCCACUACACGGCCUUCGUCCGUGACAGAGUGAACCAGGGCUGGUAUCACGCUGACGACAGCCACGUGGAGAGGUCUUCAUGGGCAGACGUGCAGAGAACAUACGGAAACGCAGUGUACAGCGGCACAGCGUACAUGCUCAUGUACAGACGUGACGAGAGGCAACAACCACAGUUAUCUGGCUGAUGAUGAACGAUGAAGAACAGAGGUGGAAACACCAGGAAAUCAUGAAUUUAACGUUUAUUUUCUUGAAAUAAUUUGAAUCAUCAUUAAUAGAAAUGUUGUAUUUUUCUGUGCUUUAUAUAUCUUUACAUAUCAAUCAUGACAACACCAGCUAUUUCUAGCCAGUAGGUGGCGUUGAAGACUUAAGUCAGAGCAGAGUUUUCCACUCUGAGACCACACACACACACACGCACACACACACACACACACACACAGUGUGUAGCAGCUCAGUGAUGUUCACUGAGGUUAAAGCUGCUGCAGCCUCUUCUUCAUCACAUGUGAAGAACACUCUGGUCUUUAAUGGGAGGAGGGAGGAGGCAGGAGGCAGGAGGGAGGAGGCAGGAGGC